AUGGAAGAUUUACGAAUGAAGCCAAAAGUGAGCGCGGACUGGGAAAUCCCGACGCGCGAAGUUCAAGAAUAUCGCCCAAAAGGGAACAGAAUGCUGAAUGAAGUGAACAAAGCAGCUUACAAUGUAUCGACCUACAGGAAGGAACGGGUGGGAAAUCGGGCUGCAGCGCAUCUCAAGAAAAACACAGGGCAAGGAACGAGCAAGGAUCAGCGGUACAGGGGAGAUAGAAACACGCCAAGAGGUUCUUUCGACUCUCAGAUGAAUCGAAUGACUGACAUUGACCCGAACAUACAAGCCUACUGCCAGCCACUGCCCCCUCGAGGAGGUCGAACCUCCUCCUUGAUGAGUCCAGAGCGCGCCGCUCCCGUCUCUCUGAAAAGAAAGAAAACCCAGUCGGAAGAACCGCAAAGCACAUCAAGACCUGCCAAAGAGCCAGAAAUCACUUCUCCACGAAGAAAUUCGUUGGAUACGAGCGCUGUUCCACCUCCUCAAAAGCGGAAGAAGCCACUAUCAAAGCAAAACUCAAGAAUCAAGAUGAUCGAAAACGCAAAGAAAAACGUCAAAAAGAUGAACAAAUGA